UAUAUAUUGUUCAUGACGUUUGUAGCAUCUUAUAUAUAUACAUAAUUUCUGUCACUUGAUUCUCUAACUGGCCUAUAAAAUGGGUGACAAGGUGGAAGAUGAAGUCAACAAAUAUGGAACUGCCCAUGAGUUUGACCCUGACUUCAAAGGGCCUGUGAAGUCACGAUCCUGCACUGACAUCCUGUGCCUGCUGCUCUUCGUGAUGUUCCUUGUUGGCUGGGGCGUCGUGGCGGCAUUUGGAAUAAUCCAUGGCGACCCCAGCCGCCUCGUGUACCCCACGGACAGCCGGGGUCAGGUGUGUGGCCGGGACCCUGUAGUGGAGAAGAAGCCUUACCUCUUCUUCUUUGACCUCACGCGCUGUGCCACACUUAAGGCCUCCACUGGCUGCCCUACACCACAGAUCUGUGUGGACAAAUGCCCCGACAAGAACUGGUUCUACUCCCCCACCACGGACGACGCUGAGGUCCGCCGUAACCUCAAGUGUCAGUACGACGUGGACCCCUUCAACACCUCCAUUAAGACCUCGGACCUCGUACUUAAUGGCAAAUGUGCAUUUUAUUAUGUGCGCAGCCGUGAAGUUGGUCGUCGCUGCAUUCCUGAACGCGUCACCGAGCACACAGUUGACAUCAUCAAUUCUAUUGACGCAGCAUAUGCCAACCAGUCGUCUACUCAGAAGUUUGACAUGAUCAUGCGCUCUAUGAAAUAUGUCAUGCGCUUUGCAUAUUGGCAAGAGGUAGCAGAGGGAGCGUUCGAAGACAUCAAAGCGACAUGGCACCUCAUCAUCGGGUUCUGUGUGCUGGCCAUGGCCGUGUCGCUGGUCUGGAUCUUCUUGUUGCGGUUCAUCUCCAAGGUCCUCAUCUGGUUCUCCAUGGUCGCCUUUGUGGCCAUCUGCGCCUUCGCCUGUUACUACUCGAUGAGCCAAUACAUCUACCUGCGGUCACGGUCCGCCAACUCGACGGAGGCGGCGAAGGAGAGCAGCCCUCAAGCGCUCUCAAUAGAGCAGGAGUUGAGGAGCGAGUUCCAGAAGUACUCUGAGCGCGAGAGCACCUGGCUUGUGCUCUUCUUCGUGUGCUUGUCGCUGCUGGUGAUCUGCCUGCUGCUGCUCAUCAUCCUGAGGAAGCGUAUCAACAUCGCCGUCGCGCUCAUUGGUCAAGCCAGCAAAGCCGUGGGUGACAUGAUGUCGACGCUGCUGCUGCCGGUGCUGCCGUACCUGCUGCAGGUGGUGACCAUCUCUGUGUUCUGCGUGGUGGCCGUGUUCCUCGCCAGCGCCGGCCGCCCUCAGUACGCAGUCUCCUGCAGCGGCGCCUGCUGCCCCGGCCUGCAGGAAGGGGCCAUGUGCGAGCCCGUGCACUUCAACGAGACCAACGCCUGCGCGGGCGCGACAUGUCAGUUCCUGAAGGUCUACGUCAACCCUCACAUCCCCAGGCUGCAGAUCUACAACGUGUUCGCGCUGUUCUGGUGCCUGUUCUUCAUUUCGGCAAUGGGAGAGAUGGUGCUGGCGGGCGCCUUCUCGUCUUGGUAUUGGGCUUUUGAUAAGAACAAAGACCUGCCUCUCUUGCCUGUCACGUACAGCCUCGGUCGCACGCUCAGGUACCACAUAGGCACACUGGCGUUCGGGUCGCUGAUCAUCGCUAUAGUGCGCAUGAUUCGCCUGAUAUUCGAAUACAUCGACAAGAAGGUGCGCGAGAAGACCGACAGCUGGCUCGUCAAGUGUCUCAUGUGUUGCUGCCGCUGCUGCCUCUAUUGCCUCGAGAAGUUCCUCAAAUUCGUCAACAGGAAUGCCUACGUCUAUUGUGCCAUCUACGGCAAGAACUUCUGCGCGUCCGCCAGGAGCAGCUUCUCGCUCCUCAUGCGCAACAUUGCGCGCGUUGUCGUCCUCGACAAGGUGACCGACUUCCUGCUGUUCAUCGGCAAGAUGGUGGUGACGGGCGGCGUCGGCAUCGUGGCGUACUUCGUAUUUAGUGGUGGAAUCCAAGGUAUUCGUAGCGAAAUUCCUCACACGAACUACUACCUCACCCCUGUCAUCCUCAUCACCAUCGUGACGUACUUCAUCAGCAGCGCCUUCUUCUCCGUCUACGAGAUCGGCGUAGACACGCUCUUCCUCUGCUUCCUUGAGGACUCGGAGCGCAACGACGGAUCUGAACAAAAACCCUACUUCAUGAGCAAGGAUCUCAUGAAGAUCCUGCACAAGGAAAAUAAAACCAAGGAGGAAUAAUGUUGUGAGCGCUAGCUCUACUUCAUUAAAAAAGACCUUAGGAAGAUCUUGCACAAGGAAAACAAAUCUUGGGAGGAAUAAUGUUGUGAGCGCAAGCUCUACUUCAUGAAAAAAGAGCUCAUGAAGAUCCUACACAAAAAUCAAGGAAGAAUAAUGCAGUUUACGUCCUUAGUGCCGCAGCUCUUGCUCACUCGUGGGCAUUGAUCACAAAAGACGCGUGUCUCCUAAUGUUUGCCCUGCCGUACGUCCGUAAACUUCGUCUCAAAGAAUGUUGCAUGAACUUGCAUUAGUCACUAUUUUUUGAUGUGUUUUUGAGUACUUGAUAGGUACAUAUUCUCGAACUUGCCUCAAAAUGCCUAUUGUUUUUGUGAAAGUCCGACACGAUGAAAACUAGCAUUAUUUUCUGCCAUUAUAUAUUUCUUCAUUUUAAGCUGCGUAUUGUCAGAUGUUGGCUUGACGGAAUUCUUAUUGUUUCGUUCCGUCUUCUAAUUUAUGUGCCCCGGAUUUAUGAUUUUGCUGGUAUAAGGUUAUGAACCUUUCCUUAUAGCAAUGCGUGUAUUCCUAUAUCAACUAUUGGUAUUCAUUUACGUGAUCGCGUUGACCCUAUUUGUGUUCAGCUAAUAGUUUUCAGUAUGAAAGCUUAUUUUUAUGUUAAGUGCUCAUCAAUCGUGGUUGCUGCCAAAAAAAUAAUUAGGUUAUAUCAUUGUGCGAUCUGUUUUGACAUGUUUUUGGAACUCAUGCUUUUAUUGAUUUGAAUAACAUACCAUUUAUCUUGUAUGUGCUUUUGUCAAGAUAAACCAACGGAUUUUAUUUAUCUCAUCUAUACUUUUGACGGAAUGUCUGUACUUUUAACGGAAUCUAUAUUUUUGUGCUUUAAGAGUUCACAAUUGAACGUCAGAACAAAAAAACGUUUCAUAACCCGACCAUGUCGACACGAUCGUCUAUGCCGGUAUUGGGUAACGAAUGCAUUUAUAAUCACAUGUUAAUGUUACACUCUUAUCAAUAUGUAUUUGACUUACUCACUCUGACCCGACGUUCACCGGAUAAUCAUUCGAACGCCUCAAAGGUUUUAGGUUCUUUUGUUCAUUGUUCUGCUUGUCAGUUAUUAUAUUCUAUUUUUAUUUUGAAAUUGAGUUUAUGUCGGUACCAAAUGUUAUGCACCCCCAGGCUAUUUCAACUGAUCUUCUUGACGAAUGAAUAUUUUCUUUUCUUCGAUGAAACAAGAUGCACUCACAUGUUUUUAUUUCGUACAUAAACAAAAUUCAUUAUUCGUUGAUCUAAUUCGUGUAACUUGAAUUGUAUUAAAACUUUUCUGUGGUCUCGUUUGAGUACUUGAUGCGAAAACCUUUUUUUUUUUUUUGUUCCAACUAUGACCGUAUUAUUAAACGGUCUGCUAUCUUAAUGAGUAUUGUGUGUUGUAGUAAAUGAUGUAUGAUGUAUCCAAUGUUACCGUAAAUUUGCAUGACUAGCUAAUCAAGUAGACUUGAUUAUGUUUACUCUAAUCACAUACUUCUUAUAAGGUGACUUUGUCGUGUCGUUCAUGUCUUUCCGAACUAAAUAAUACGGGGAUCGACGUGCACUUCACUGCGGUGUUCAGCGUGCAUGUUGUUUGUUGUAAUUCCUUUGGUCUCUACUCGCCUGUAACGAUUCAAUUCAUUCUUCAGCUGUGGGCGUUGAAAUCCAUAAAGUAAAUGAUCAACUUAUUGUUAUUGCAUGUUAGUCAUUAAAAGGCAUUUAUUGACAUCGCAAUGAUGAGAUGGCAUCAUACUCGGUCGUCGACUGCAUGAUAUUAUUUUAAUAUUAAGGUUUUUGCUUCUCGUUUUCCUCUGAGACAAUGUGGCCUUGGAAAUUAGAAAGUUUCAACUUGAUGCGUGUGAACGGAAAACAAAAAUGGGUUGAGUUUAUGUC